ACCGUACUGCUACUUUGUUUACUAAAUGACAAUGCCAUGUGUCAUUUCGUUGAUAAUCCAGUUAUAUGUGAAGAAAAAACCAAUAUGUAACUGGAGGAAGUGUUGGUCGUUACUGGGAGAACCGGAUGUUUACAGGCGGGUCACUUCCUGCUGAGUUUUGUAACUAUUUGUUACGCAGUUAUAUAAGUUCUGAUGAGGAUGGAGAAGGAUCGAAGAGAGGACAGGUGAGAGGACAGGUGAGAGCUGUGUCAGCAUCAGACAGGUUGAAGGCUGGACAUGUCUGCAGUGAGGCGGUCAGUGAGCGAGGCCUUCUGGGCCAUGUGUGCCGCAGACUCCCUGUCCAUGCCGGUCCACUGGUACUACAACGUCCAGGACAUCAGCAGGGACUUCGGAGGCUGGAUCAGCGGGUUUAACGCGCCUGCAGAGAGACACCCGUCCAGCAUCCUGACCCUGUCCAACACAGCCGGCAGCGGUCGCACCGCCUGGUCCACCGGUGCUGGACGAGCCGACGUCGUAGGGAGCGUCAUCCUCCAUGACAAGCUGGACCUGUGGCGGUCCUCCAACGGCUCGGUCCACUACCACCAAGGUCUCCAGGCCGGAGACAACACCCUGAACAUCCUCUGCUCCCUGCGAGCAGCUCGGACCAUCGUCUCCGGGCGUUUCGCUGACGUCUCCCAGCCGGAGGUUCGGGCCGCCGUUCUGUCCGACUACGUCCGGUUCCUGACCACGCCCGGCUCGCACGCCGACACCUACGCCGAGUCCUUCCACCGCUCGUUCUUCGCCGACUGGCAGGACGGCAGGCCGACGUCGCCCAGUGAGGUUCUGAAGUUUGCAGAGGAACGAUCCAAACAGAUGAUGAGCUCUCGGUUUCCAGACAGCCAGCUGGACGCCAUCGGUUGCCUUCCCAUGAUCCUCCCCUUCGUCCUGUUGUCUGCUUCGGCCAAUGAGGAUGAAGCUGUUUCAGCAGCGGUGGAGUUCGUGAAGCUCACCCAUCCUCACCCCAAAGCGCCUGAGUACGUGACGAUCUACAGCCGGGCGCUCCACGCCGUGCUGGGCGGGGCCAGCGUCCGCCAGCAGGCCGAGUUCGCCCUGAAGAGGCUGGAGGCCUGGGACGCCUGCCAGACCUACAGCCGCAAGGCCGCCAGGUUUCCAGCAUCUUCUGAGGAGAGGCUGAAGGUCCACCAGAGCGCCGUGAGCUACCUGGGUCUGGCCUGCUACAACCGAGGGGCUCUGUCCAGUUUGUUCUACCUGGCCUACGAGUUUCAUGACGACCCCAAAGGAGGAAUCCUGGCCAACACCAACUGCGGAGGUGAAAACUGUAACCGCGGUUCGGCCCUCGGGGCCCUGCUGGGGGCCGGGGCCGCCCACCACGGCGGCGGCGGCGGCAUCCCCCAGGCGUGGAAGGAGGAACUGAGAGAUGCGCAGGAGUUCCUCCCUGACAUCCUGAAGGAGAUGCUGUAACAGUGGUGGCGCCCCCUGGAGGACAGGAGGACAACUGUUACCAAGAGGCACUGCAGCUUUAUGAUUCCAGCGUUUUUUGUUUACAAUUAUAAUAAAUUUAUUUUUAGCUGUUUUUUAUUUAAUAAUCUGAAUUCUAAUGUAAACAUGUUAACUUUUUAAAAGGGAGCUUCAUUAAAUAAUGAGUUAUAUUUAUUAUUUCUGCCUCAGUGUGCUGUUUCUGUUGGAAACUGAAAUAAAAACAAACGUAUCCUGGA